AUGCCUGAACAGCGUCAGCGCAGGGAGGAGGAGUCUGGCUCCGGCAUGAAGGGCGCCCUCCAGGGGCUUGCUUUCUUCUUUAUCGCGCAGUUCGUUAUAGGCCAAUUCUUCAACAAGAACCAACAGAGUGGUCCUGGCAAGACUGGAAGUGGAAUCGUGCCAGCGUUUGCAGACCGGCCCCCUCGCGCCGAGAUCACGAGUUACAGCCCCGUCCCUGACGCCGUUGCCCCCAUCUGGCCAGCUGAUAGUGCCCUGGAUAUUAACAUCUACGUUUCUCCAUCCGUGGUGAAUCCCACCUCCAAGUCCUCGUCCAACCAGCUCGUCCUUCAGGAGAAGAACUUCACCAUCGGCAACUACUCUGACACCAGGGAGAUCGAGACUACCAUCAAGGUCCCGAAGGAGGCUCAGGUCAAUGGAACCCUGUGGGCUCAUUUUUUCGUCGGUCUUUCUGGUCAUCAGCUCGAUCCUACCGCGAAGGACUAUAGCUCCGACAAUGCGAUCCACUUCUUCCGUCCCCUGAACCAGUAUCUUCCGAAGAAGAAGGUUAAGAAGCUCAAGAACCUGCUCUCUAGCUCUGAGGAAGCCGAAGAGGAGGAGGAGGACAGUAUUCCAGAUGUCUCGAUUGCGUCCUUCUACCACCCGAACUUUACCGUGUCCGUGAUCCCCGAUUCUGGGGUUCAGAAGUAUCGCCAGAUCCACCCCGCAGUCCGUAAGCAUAUGCAACUGGAGACGUCCGGUGCAAGAGAUGCAUCUGGACAAAAUGGAUGGUACUACCCAAUCGUCUUCCUGAACACUUUCUGGCAACUUCGCAGCCAAAUGAUAGAGCUCAAUUCGACCGUCGACACUGUUCCCCUCCGCCUCACCCUGAACAAUCUGCAGAACUGGAAGUUCAGCAUGAUGGCCAGUGUUGAUGACAGUGCUAAGCAAACGGCUCGUCAAGCUGCUUUCGGUCAGACUACUCCUGGUGGCGGCGAUGGUAGUGAGUUUGAGAUGGUCAAGGAGGUCCUCCUGAAUACCAACAUCUAUCUGCUCGGUACGACUGGUGUUGUCACCAUCUUGCACAUGGUCUUCGAAACUCUGGCAUUCAAGAACGAUAUCUCUCACUGGCGGAAGAAGAAGGAUGUGGUCGGCACAUCCGUCCGCACCAUCCUGGCCAACGUAUUCAUGCAAACGGUCAUUUUCCUCUACCUGAUGGACAACAGCGAAAACACCUCUUGGAUGAUUCUCGCCAGUCAAGGCUUCGGUAUUCUACUGGAGGCGUGGAAGAUCACGAAAACCGUGGAUGUACGGCUGCGCCCUCCGCCAGCUAAUUCGUUCUUCUCUUUCUUGCCCUAUGUCAUCGUAUUCGAGGACAAGCACAAGCUCAGCGAAACGGAGGCAAAGACGAAGGAGUAUGAUGAAAUCGCCUUCCGCUGGCUCUAUAUCUUUGCUGUGCCUCUCCUAGGCGCAUACGCCGCUUACAGCCUCAUCUACAACACGCACAAGUCGUGGUACUCCUAUGUCAUUGAGACCCUUGUUGGCAGUGUGUAUGCCUAUGGUUUCCUGAUGAUGGUUCCCAGCUUGUACAUCAACUAUCGCUUGAAGUCUGUGGCGCAUAUGCCCGGCAAGGCUCUGACUUACAAGUUCCUCAACACCUUCAUCGAUGAUCUCUUUGCCUUUACGGUUAAGAUGCCGUGGCUUCACAGGCUUGCGACUUUGCGCGACGACGUGAUCUUCUUUAUCUGGCUCUACCAGAGCUACAAAUACAAGGUUGAUUACAAGCGCGUCAACGAGUUCGGGCAGGGGGGUGAUAGCGAUGUGGAAGAGGAAUCAUCGGCCCCUGCUGAAGCGAAGACCGAAGAGCACGAGGGUUCCUCUCGUGCAUCUGGAAAGGAGAACAACAAGUCUUCUACUCGCAAGAGAAAGCUCCCCUUUCUCUACCCUAAUUUCAUGCGCGCCAUUCGCUCGUGCGAACCCACUACUUACCGAUCCAUUCGAAUCCCCUCCAACGGCUCCCGCCACGUUCCUUUCCACACCAGUCGCCGAAAAUCACAAGAAGCCUAUCAUCGACGUUACGGUCCCGCCGCAGAAGCCAACCUGCCGCCUCCGCCCCGACCAAAGGGUGAUACCUCCGACAAGACUCCUCCGUCAACGCCUGCGGCAAAGGAUACCGGUGAGGCCAGCUCGAAACCGUCUCCGCCUGAGCCGCAAUCGCAAGCACAAGAUCGAGAGUCUAAGGAUAAUGCGAUUGAAACAUCUUCCCGAGACAAGACCAAAGAAACCGCAGAGUCCGCGGAACAAGCUGAGAGCAAACCCUCUUCCGACGAGCCCAAGGAGCCAACAACAACCGACGAUCACAAUGCCGACGAGCACUCAACGUCAUCCUCGUCCACAGAAGAGGCCAGCGAACAGCGUCCCGAUUCUCACCCACACCCCCUAAGUGGCAAUCCUCUCGAAGGCGUCCUGCACAUGCCAUCCCCAUCGUCCUUCCUAGCGCCCUCCUCCGAGGUCCAUAACUCAACCAAUGGCGACGGAAAGCCUCCGCAUCUGACCCCCGCGCCGUAUGUCCACCACUUCGAUACCUAUUCGCUUGUGCAGGAUCUGUCCAAGGGCGGAUUCACCGAGGACCAGUCGGUCACGAUCAUGAAGGCCGUCCGUCGCAUUCUGCAAAACAACCUCGACCUCGCGAAGCAAAGCUUGACGUCCAAGUCCGACGUCGAAAACGAAUCCUACCUGUUCAAAGCCGCCUGUUCGGAGCUCCAGUCGUCGCUCCAGACCGCACGCAACUCCGAGAUGCAACGCCAGCGUGCUUCCCGUACGCAGCUCCAGCACGAGGCGGAUAUCCUCUCCCAGCGGUUGAACCAAGAACUCGCCGGGUUGAAGGACGAUAUCAAGGGUAUGUUCAACGAUCACAAGAUGGCCACGCGCGAGCAACAGCGGAGCAUCGAUACGUCGGUCCAGGAGCUGAACUAUAAGAUCACUGUGUCCCUGAACAGUGACGGUAAGAGCGAGAUAGAAGGGCUCCGCUGGAUUCUCACCCGGAGAGCUGCGUUGGCUAUCGCUACGAGUGCUGUCAUGAUCAUCCUCUUCCUCAAGUACUACUCCGUCCGGAAAACGCAGGACGUCGUCGAGAAGAAGAAGGAGCCACCUGUGGCAGAAGUCACCGAGAAACGCCGCGUCCAGGAUGCAGCUCCUGUUGUCGAUGCCAAAGUCACUCCAGACGUCCUGAUCGGCGAGUCGCUCGGUUAA